AUGGUCGUCAACAACUGGGAAUACACGGCGCGGAGAGUCGGGCGCCGUACCUGGGAGACAAUCCAAGUCAAUUGGCAUCUCGGCUUCACCGCGUUUGGCGGACCACCUGUUCAUUUCAAGAUUUUUCAUGAUAAGUUCGUAUCGAAGCUCGCUUGGAUCGACGAGCAGCUGUACCAGGAACUUUUCAGCAUCUCCCAAGCUCUAUCUGGCCCUGCUAGCACCAAGAUGCUAUACUGUAUAAAUCUGAUCCAUGAUGGUUUACUUGGAGCUGUCCUUGCCUUUUUUAUUUGGAGUUUGCCUGGCACGCUAGGCAUGUUUGGCCUCUCCAUCGGCGUCUCCAAUAUCGGAGAGACUCUUCCUCGUCCAGUAUAUGCUCUGCUCUCGGGACUUAACGCUGCCACGGUUGGGAUUAUUGCCCUGGCAGCAGUCGAGCUGUCGAAUAAAGCAAUCACGGACAAGCUCACCAGAAUUCUCGUCUUUCUGACUGCCGCAGCUGGAAUGCUAUACAAUGCUCUAUGGUACUUCCCGGUCCUUAUGUUUGCCGCCGGCUUCGCUGCUGUCGUAUACGACUACCGCUGGUUUCACCGACCUAUUCGAGCUGUAAAACAGCUCGUCUCCAGGAUGCAAGGCACGACGCCUACUCAAGGAGAGAAUAUCGCAGGAGACGAAAGCGGACCCAGCAGAGAGACAAAUGCCACCAGCAUAACUCUCAAUGAUCAAGAUCGGUAUGGUACACGGGAGUCUGAGCCCCGCAUCGUACCACAUGAGUAUCGUCUCAAUUUCUCAUGGAAGUCUGGAACUGCGCUCAUUGCAGCAUUCUUCGUUACCUUUAUCAUCGUUAUGGUGCUCCGAGGAGUUUUGCCUGAUCCCCCCCUGCUAUACAAACUAUUCGCGAACCUUUACCUUGCUGGCACCAUCAUUUUCGGCGGCGGACCGGUAGUAAUUCCGCUCCUCAGGGAAUAUAUCGUGGCCGAGGGAUGGGUUAGUCCGCGCGAUUUCCUUAUUGGUCUCGCUAUUGCACAGGCCUUCCCGGGGCCAAACUUCAACUUCGCUGUGUUCUUAGGCGGCCUUACAGCUAUUCACAGCGGGUAUUCUUCCAUUGCCGGAGCACUCAUCGCAUUUUGUGGCAUCUUUUUUCCAGGCAUCGUCCUCGUCCACGGAACAAUGGGGGUCUGGGGGGUGUUGCGAAGUAGGCGCUGGGUAAAAUCUGGAGUGAGAGGCGUUAAUGCCGGUGCUGUCGGACUUAUCUAUACGGCCGUGUAUCGGAUCUGGCAGAUUGGCUACAUCGAUGAAGGUUUCCAGUCAGGGAAGAGUCUGGCAGAUGAUCCAUGGUGGGUGGUCGUGACCGCGGCUGCUUACGUGGGGGGGCGAUACUUCAGCAUUGCGGCGCCGCUGGCUAUUCUUCUCGGGGCUGUGCUAGGCUUGGUCAGGUACGGAGUUGUUAUAGGUCGGGAGUGAACAGUUUUCCACCACACAACGCACACGCGACGAAAGAGUCGGGGACGAGUGCAGCAGUAGAGCUCACCAAGGGUCUGGGCAUUGUCAAAGCAUUUCCUUUGUGUCGGAGGUGAAAGUCUAGGAUAUUGACAUCCAUCGCCUGGUACAGUCAAUUACUCGGCAAUGGCUCCUUAAAUAGUGUAUAGAAUGCCCGAGUUCGCC